AUGCCCGUGAGAUCAGCGAGUAAGUCGCCUGCACGCGGCGGACGCCGGGCGCGUUCCCCCGCACCCACGCGGCCGCGCGCGAGCAGGGCCACCCCAACUCAGCGGAGAGCGGGGGCUCGCAGCGCUGUGUGGGGAUAUCGUGUUCCCGAGAUGGCAGUUCUGGCCUUGGCCACCUUUCUCCAUGUCGCGGGCAUCGUCAUUUUCGCUCGCGGCUUCUUGCUGACGCGCGUGGAGGUCCCAAACGCCAGUGGGUGUUUGGAUGCAACCAACGCGGGACUCUACCGCGGCUGGGAGCACCUGCUUCGUGAUCCCGGGAGAGAACCGUCCAGUGAAGCCGCCAAGGACCCAGUGGACGGCGACGCCUUCGACGUCUCGGACCCACGUGAGCGCCACGCAGAUGGUCCAGCCAGCAGUGGACCAGCAACGGAAUUCAACGACGGGUGCUGGGCGCCAAGACCGUUCCGGCGCGCAGUCCUCGUGGUCGUCGACGCGCUCCGCUACGACAUGGUCGUCGCGCCCACCGGCGCCCCGCCCAGGUCGCACCAGGGCACGAUGCCGUUCACGCGGUCGCUCCUGUCGCGCCCGAACGGCGCGGCCCGCGCGUGGCGGUUUGUGGCAGACCCCCCCACGACGACCUCGCAGCGGGUCAAGGGGCUGGCGACGGGCGGGCUGCCGACCUUCAUCGACAUCGGCACGUCGCUCACGGCGGGGUCCGUCGCGGAGGACUCGGUGGUGUCCCAGUUCCGGAGUCAGGGCCUGAGGCUGGGGUACGUCGGGGACGACGUCUGGGGGGCGCUCUACCCCGGGGACGGGGUGUGGGAGCACGCGCUGCCGUACCCGUCGUUCGACAUCCACGACCUGCACACCGUGGACCGCGGCGUGCGCGAGCACAUCCCAGCCCUCCUGCACAACGCGUCGUCGUGGGACGUCGUCAUCGGGCACUACCUGGGCGUGGAUCAUGCAGGGCACGUGGGCAGCGUGGACACACCGACGAUGGCGGCGAAACUGGCCGAAAUCGACCAACAUAUCGAGGAUUAUGUGCGCAUUCUUGACGCGGACGCCGCGGGCGGGGGGCCGCACAGCGAGACGCUGCUGCUGGUUCUCGGCGACCACGGCAUGACUGACACAGGCGACCACGGCGGCGGCACUCCCGAGGAGACUGACUCAUUCUUACUGGCCUACUCUCCGCGCCUCAACGGCGCUCUCACGCGCUGCACGGGGUGCUCGAAUGCCGACAGCGACACGGACGCGGCUGACGUAGGUCCGGAGCUCCCUGAGGCGCAGCAGACGGACCUCGCAAGCACACUGUCGCUGCUCCUGGGCACCCCGCCGCCAUUCGGGUCGGUGGGACGCCCGAUCCGCGGCCUGAUCGAGCUGGGGGCGCGGUCGACGGGCGCAACCGCGCGACAGACCGAGCGCGUCUACCGGCACAGUCUCCGCGUCGUCGCCUGGCAGGUGAUUCGGUAUCUGGAGACGUAUGUUCAAGCAGGUGGCAAGUUGCCGGGUGACCGCCUCAGGGACCUCGUCGACGCGUUCCAUUCAGCGGGAUCGGACCCGGAUUCUGCGGACUUUGUCCCAGUGCUUGAGAGGCUUCUCGAGGACGCGGGGCGCCUGGCGCGGGAGCAGUGGACGCAAUUCAGCGACGCGCAUAUGCUGGCCGGCCUGCUGCUGCUGGCCCUCGGCGUUGGCGUCCCAGCCGUGGGGCUCGCGCCGCUCUUCGCGGGCGACAAGAUGGGGGACUGGAAGUUCGCGUUCGCGGCGGUUUCGACGUGGUCGGCGGUCGUGUUGCACGGCGCGCUGUUCCUGUCCAACUCCUUCAUCCUCGAGGAAGGCCCGCUCCUCGCGGGCAUGGUGCUCAUCUGCACGCUGAUCGUCGUCCGCUGGGCGUCGACCAGCCUCCAGGAGCCCGCCCGCGCGUGGCCGUUGUGGCCCGCUGGCGAAAGUGCCGCUGCGUGGGCGCCCCUGCUGCUUCUGCCGGCGGUGCGGCUGCAGUGUGCUGCCGGCGGCGUGCUAGACCCGAGUCCGUGGAGCUUGUUCGCGAACCGGAGGUACGACGGAUCGGAUCCCGGCAUAGGCCUGCGGGAGCUGGCAGCCUGGGUGUUGCGCGACGACGUGCGGACGCUCGUGGGGGGCGUCACGGGGGUCGGAGCCGCCGCCGCUGGAACGCUCGGUCUCCUCAUGACGGCGCGUACGCGCGCCACGGCGGCGACAGCGUCGCGCGUCGCGUGGGCGUGCGCUCUGGGUGGUGGCGCUCUGGCAAUUACUUACACGGCCGCAGGUUUCGUGCGCGUCGGCGGCGACGAGGCGGCGUCGCCUUCAUGGCUAGACUGGUGUGCACGCGGAGUGUACGCGUGCGUCAUCGCGGGCUGGGCGAGCCUCUGCUUCCAGCGGGUGACUGGGCAUGGCAAACGCGACGCCGAUGCCCCGCUCCUGCUCGCGCUCGCGUUGCUCUGGCCGACCAUGGUGGUCCUCCACCAGGGCGCCGGUGCGCAGGCGUCCCUCGCACUGUGGCUCGCCUCGUCGGCAGCGAUCGCGCGCUGGCUGCAGUGGGCCCGCGAUGCAGGCGGUGCGCAGCGCGCGCGACAGGCGGUCGCGGCGGUGCUGCCCGUCGUGUGCCACCUCGGGUCACUGCUCUUCUUCGCGACGGCGCACCGCUGCGAGUUCCCCGCCCUCCAGUACAUGUCUGCAUACGUCGGCUUCCCCAGAUUCAAUUUCCUGCGCUCAGCACCCCUCCUCGGCACAAACACGUUCGGGCACCUCUUGGCCACAGCAGCCGCCCUACCGGCCCUCGCGCGGGCGACGUGCGGCGCCGGCGCGGGCCCGGAGUUCCGCUCCACAGUUGUGCGUCUCGCCAUAGGCGUGCAGCUGUCACGCGCAGUCGCCUGCCUCGGCGCGGCGCUGGCGGCGAGCCUCAUGAAGCGGCACCUCAUGGUCUGGGGCCUGUUCGCGCCGAAGUUCGUGUUCGAGGCGUGUUUCCUUGUCGUGACCGACGUAGCGCUCCUCACAACCACCCCGCUGUGA